AAUUGGAGAAUUUAAGGACCAUGCUAUUUGUUUAGCGCUGUUGAUAUUUGCUUUAAGAAAAUGUUCAAAUUCUCUAGAAGAUAGAAAUGUAUGGGACAUGCUUUCUUAGCCUGUACCGAUGAUCGACUAGAGAAAAAAAAUUGACGGAUUAUAAAAAUUCAAUUGACAAGAAUGAUUAUGAGGUGUCCUGAAGUUAUUGGAACUUAAUUUCAGAAUGUAUACAUAAUUUAAUAUUGUCACAACACUUUUAUUUUCAAUGAAAUGUUAAUGUUUUGGAAACAGAUGUAUCCAUUUUAUAAAAGUUAUUUUCCUCAACUUUCUAUUUAUUCGUAAACCAUUUCAAUAAUUUGAGUUCAUAUUAAACUGAAAGGUUUUUUUAGUUUGUAUUUUACAAUGGCUUUCCCCGUUUUAUUAAUAAUGUUCGUUACGAUCGUUUUGGUUAAAACCGAAGAGGAAACUUCAGGAUUACGUAUGUCAAAGGCGGAGAGACUAAGCUUAAGAGAUGAAUCAAGGCAGAUGUUCUAUCAUGCUUAUCAUGCUUACAUGGAGAAUGCAUAUCCAGCUGAUGAACUGAUGCCUCUCAGUUGCAAGGGCAGAUGGAAAGGAAUUACACCGAGUCGUGGAGAUAUGGAUGAUGCUUUAGGAAAUUUCUCAUUGACAUUGGUGGACAGCUUAGACACUUUAGUUGUGAUGGGGGACUUUUCGGAAUUUAAUCAUGCAAUCCAACUCGUUAUAAAAGAUGUCUCUUUUGACCAAGAUAUUGUUGUUUCAGUCUUUGAAACAAAUAUUAGGAUGCUGGGGGGUCUAUUGUCUGCUCACGUAUUGGCGGAAACGUUGAAGAGCGAUAUUCCAUUAUUGCAAUGGUAUAACAAUGAAUUGUUGACGAUGGCAGAAGAUUUAGGGAAAAGGUUGUUACCUGCUUUCAAUACAUCCACUGGCAUACCUCAUGGAAAGAUAAACCUCAGACAUGGUAUACGAGACUUAACCGAAUCACGGGAGACAUGCACUGCGUGCGCGGGAACGAUGAUUCUAGAGAUGGCAGCUCUGACACGACUCACCGGAAACCCUAUUUACGAACAGAAAGCGCAUAAAUCUAUGGAUCGUCUCUGGAAAAUAAGACACAGAACCUCGGACCUCAUGGGGACAGUUAUAAACAUUCACUCCGGUGACUGGGUUCGUAAAGAUUCCGGAGUCGGUGCCGGAAUAGACUCUUACUAUGAAUAUUGCUUGAAAGCAUACAUACUCCUUGGUGAUGAAAAAUAUCUUGCCCGAUUUACUAGGCACUACAACGCCAUCAUGAAGUACAUAAGUAGAGGUCCCGUAAUGUUGGCCGUGCACAUGCACCGACCGCAUCUCCAGUCCCGUAAUUUCAUGGAUGCCCUGUUGGCGUUCUGGCCUGGGCUACAGGUACUACUGGGCGACGUCCGACCGGCCGUCGAAACUCACGAGAUGCUCUACCAAGUAAUGCAGAGGCACACUUUCAUACCGGAAGCUUUCACUUCCGACUUUCAGGUGCACUGGGGACAGCAUCCGUUGCGGCCAGAGUUUUUGGAGUCGACUUAUUUCUUGCAUCGCGCCACCGAAGACGAUCACUAUUUGCAAGUCGGCAAGACCGUGCUGAAAGCGUUGCAGCAGCACACGCGCGUGCCGUGCGGAUACGCGUCCGUGAAUGACGUCAGAACGCGCGCACACGAGGACCGAAUGGACUCGUUCGUGCUCGCGGAGACAUUCAAAUACUUAUACAUGCUGUUCGGCGACGAGAAGGAUUUCCCGAUCAAACUGGAAGAUUACGUAUUGACAACUGAAGCACAUUUCCUGCCGCUGUCGUUGGCAACCGUAGGAAAGAACACGUCGUAUUUCACAUUGAAGAUCGACGAUCCCGACGAAGAUAAAUAUAGAAAAACGUGCCCGAAUACAGCGUCGCUUGUGCCCGAGAAAGUACGUCAGCCGAUGCGCCAGCUGCUGGGCUCGACCGCGGCGCGUCCGCCGGCGAGGCUGCGUCCACUCAAUGACCCUCGCCAGAUUAACGCUCUCUCCGACAUGGGUAUAUCAGUACUGACUCUUCCCGAUGGUAGAGUACAGCUGCUUUAUACUAUCAACACAGCUAAAUCGGCGAAAGACGCCGCUGAAGGCUUGACGUUCAUGCGGGAGAUGGCCAAAUGGAACUCGCUUAGUGAUUUCGAAAACGGAGUCAUACCGGCCGGUGUGAAAAUCGACGAUAAAAUCUUUCCUGCCGGACCAGCGCACUUCGGGAAGGAAAUAACAGGAAACGAACGCCACACAAACACCCUUACAUUCGUGACCCCUAUCGACGCGUGCACCCCUGUUGAAAACGAAGAGGAGAUUUCGAACGGUUUCGGUAUCGCGAAACGCGGCCAUUGCACGUUCGCUCAGAAAGUGCGAAACAUGCAAAAGGCCGGCGUCAAACUGGCCAUCAUAAUAGACAACAUUCCGGACUCGACACACGAGACGACCGCUCUGUUCGCGAUGUCCGGCGACGGUAACGACGACAUCGAAAUACCCGCAGUUUUCCUGUUCUCGAAAGAAGGCGAAUAUUUAUCGAACGCUUUAAAGAAUAACCCCGAGCUCACCGUGACCGUGGGCGAACUUAAAAACUUAAAGAAGCACUACGAUAAUUCCUGCGAUGAAGGCGGCUGCGAGGCCGUGGUCGAUUCACAGAACUUACCGGCGGACAAAGAAUCCUUCGAUCAUUUAAAAAAGGUUCUAAGCCAGUUGGUUGCUCAAUUCGAAUUGUCGCUCUCGAACGAAGAAGGUAAUACGCAAAAUUCAUGCGCCGAAGAAAUCGCUGAGAGCAUUCACUUAGAGAAGGGGGAAUUCGUUCAUAACGUAGCCCGUAAAACAAGUUCUGUGAAAACCAUACAGCAAUCAGUUACCAUCGAACCUGUGGGUCCGUCAGAAGUUGCACCGAAAGAAAGUGUUCAAGAUACGGGUGAAGCAAAUAAAAAUAAACCCGAUGAACUCUGACACACUCAAUACAUCGGGAACGUAUGCGAAUAAGAAAGAAAAAUAUAUAUAUUGUAAACAAGAUAAAUGCUGUGUAUAAUAUGUACAUAAUUGAAUCUAAGAUUUAAUAACACUGUUAAGAAUUUUCGUGCCUUUUAAGUAAUUGCCACUUUAGUUGUUUUAAUUUAAGAGCAAUAAAUAUGAUAAGAAUUCUGGGAAAAAAAUGAGAUAUAAAUAUAUUUUUUUAUGAUUUUAACGUGAUUAUAGUUUGGCAGUAUCGUUUAACGUUUUCAAUUAAAAAAACGACUGUUUCUCAGACAACGAAGCAGUGCGAGAGGGGUGACAGUUGAUUAAUAAUAAACAUGAAAAUUAACAAAUUUAAUUGUUACACAAAAAAGUUUAAGAACAAUAUAAUUUACUCAGUAGGUACUAUAUACUUGAGAACUACUAUUGAAAUAUUUUAAAUAAUAUGUCAUAAAAAAAAUUUUCGUCUUUAUUCGUUCUUAUAUUAUAAUCUCGUCGAUAAACAUUUUAAUUCACUAUUGUUUUGUUGAUGGCAAGACAUAUCUCGUGUUGCCGAUUAACGUAUAAAUCGGAUUAACACACCCCUAUCGCACUAACAUCGUUGCACAUUUAAUUAACAUCAAAUAAAUUAUAUAAUAGAUAUAUGUAACCAUCAUUUUAAUGAAAAUUGUUACCCUGUGUUAUAAAAUAGUGUAAAUAAUUCAUUUUUUUUACACCGAAUCGGAUUUACUGGGUCGUACAAAACUAGCAAUUGUACAUACAGCCACAGUUUUUAUUAAUAUUGUGUGCAAAAUGGAUAAGACCAUGACUAUACUAUAAUCUAAGUUGUAAAUAUAUAUUAAUAUACCGAUUUAUUUAAUUAUCUACCGUUUUAUUGUACUGGAAUUAUCAGCGUCAAAUGUUCUCAGUACGUUUGUUGGAACAUUCCACAUGAGUUUUUGUUUUUAGAAUUAUGUUUUUAAUCUAAUAUAGUCGCAACUAUUUCUCGACAUGAGGUGCAUAAAGUUGGAUCUAUUUUUUGCAAAAACAAUUUUGGAAUUGAUUCAUUCGGUUUCUAGGUACGCGGUUUUAGUAACUUGGUUUUUUCAUAUAAUGAAAACUUAACGUAAUUUUAACAAAAUAAGAAAUUUGAUUAAAAAAUGCGCACGUGGCAAAAACAUAUGACAGUACUUACAUAGGUAACUUUUGUUCUUAUGGCCUAUUAUUCUGAACAGGAUAAUAAGGACAAAAAUUAUUAUUAUGUUUUAUAUGGUUUUUAAACAAUAUAUCUAUUGUUUUCUUGUCUAAUAUUGACACCAUAAGUGGUAUAAUUAUUGGUUGGUAUUCUUUUUAUUAUUUUACCGAAUUACCGAUAAAAUCUCGAUCAUCUAAACUUAUAGACAAUUUAAAUACUACCCAUGUUGAAACAUGUAGAAGUAAUCAUAGUCAAAACAUAGGUAAACUAAAAAAAAACUAAAAGUAAACUACGCUCUUUUGACAGUAUUUACUAUAAAAAAAAACUGGUGAUACCAAAUAUGAUUCCGCAUAUUUACUCAAUUUCAAAUAUUUUUUUAAAUUGUACACUUUUAAUGCGAAAAGACGAUUUGUUCAACUUAAAAAAAGCUUUGUCGCUCUUAUGUCUAGAUCUGUUGCGACAGGUUAAAGUGCAAAAUAUAUUUAAUAUGUGAUUCAGAUGUUUUUUUGUUUGUUUGUCAUAAUAAGUACUUAUCAGCAAUUACAGUGAGAUAUUUUUGUUUUGUUCAAUUUAUUAUAGUAACUGACCCAAUACACAGAUUAUAUCGAGAGGUGAAAGGCUAGUUGGUUUAAGCGACAUUUAUCUUUGUAAUUAAAGAUCCGUUUUAUUUGAUACUAGCGACCCGCCCUCGCUUCGCUUCGUAAACUAUGAUUUAUUAUUGAUUUCUCCACUAUUUAAUGGAUGUUAUUAUACAUAUUAACCUUUCCUCUUCAAUCACUCUAUCUAUUAAAAAAAACCGCAUCAAAAUCCGUUGCGUAGUUUUAAAGAUUUAAGCAUACAUCGGGACAGACAGAUUAUAUAGGGACAGAGAAAGCGACUUUGUUUUAUACUAUGUAGUGAUUAGUAUCAACAAUUCGAUGUUUUUAAUUGAACUUCAAUUCUGUUCACACCAUUCAAAUAGCUCAAUAUGUUUUUUAUUAUGUUUUUUUUUUCCAAAUUUUAAAAUUUAAAUUACUCUUUUGUAUAGUAGCAAAAGUGUCACUUAAAUGAAAUAGCCUUUUACUCCUCGUUAUGAGAAUGGGUUUUGUUCAAAUUAUUUAGUAUUUUGGUUAAACCAGGUAUGUAAGUAGUUAAUUAGAUAUUUUCAUAUCGAAAUUAGAAACUAUGGUAUAAGGAAAUUGACCAUUAUUGUGUAUUUUUAUUCAUGAUAUAAAUAAAUUAGUUACUUUUUUCGUAAAGGUUUUAAACUUUACUUAUUUUUUUAUUGGGUCACAUAAUAUAAUGUAGUUUAAAUUGUCCUGCUAAAUAUUGGGAAAAUAACAAUUUUUUUUAGUGAAAAUUAACAAUUUAGUGAAUUUUUCAUUUUUAUUUUAAACAUUAUAAAAGUUUUUGUGUAUAUAAAUUAUUACAGUAAAAAUAAAUAUAUAUUAUUCGUGAUAUUGUUUAUUAAAAAAUACAUAAUUUGUUAAUAAAGUAUUAUGUUUAAA